AUCAGUUUCUGAAGAGGAAGACAGACAAUAGUAAAUUUUGCGAUGGCUGAAUGGUCCGUGCUGCUUUCUUUGCUAUUUCUGGUCGAAGUGGUAUUCGCAGGGCCAGGGAAUGCGGAUACUGACGAGGCCUCGACUACGCCGAUCUUGGAUGCGAAACUUCUCACAGAGGACAACGCGCGGGUACAGGAGCAAAAGGCAGCCAGUGAGGCACGUGCGGGAUCUGCCUUCAAGUGUGUCGAUCCUUUUCUCGAAGUACCAGGAAAGCAGCUGACUUCGCUGACAAUGCAGACCAGGUCCGCGCAGUCGUACUUGGAACUGGGUCACUUUCCCUUUCCGCGCCUUUCACAAAGAACCCAUGCGCGGGAAAAAGGGACAGCUAGUGGACAGGGGUCACCUAUAAAACGGGAUCCUCCAGAACGGACCUUACACUCCGGUAGCCCCAACCUGCGUCUCGCAACUUGGAACUUUGCGGUGGUCCAUCCUACUUCGACGAUGAUUUCCACAAGUGCCAUCCUCAUCGCUGUCCUGGUAGCGGUUCAGGGCGUUUUGGCAGAUCCGAUAGUGCCCAUCAACAGCAAAUCCGACGAAUCGUCCACCUCAGUGAUAGCCAAGGCUCGAACAUUUCUUCCAUCCCUGCUGACGCUUCCCGCUCUGGCUGCGCCCGUCAUGCUCCUGGGCGCCAGUUUCGUCCUCCUGAACUUUAUGCCUACCGUCAUCCCCGCAGUGUUGUCUCUGAUCAGCUUGAGGACCAAGCUGGCUCCGCUGCUAAGCCUCGUUGGACUCCGUGAAGCCAUCGACCUGGAAAACAUGGAGAAGCAGCUGGAGUCCGUGGACGUGCUCGAGCGUGGUCUGGACUAUCUCGAUGUGAAGCAGGAGUGCCGUCAGAAGGCCGCUUGCGAAUUGGGAGAGUGGUUCAGCAGGAAGCAUCCCGCACUUGGCCGUUUAAUCGACGCUUUCGGUGACCACGUUCUGCGCAUCAGCAAGUACGGCGAUAGCUUGCUACUCGGGGGCAAGGAAGGCGGCUGUGAACAGCACUUUCCCACGUGCACCAAGUCUCCCCUAAGAAAGUACGUCGCCUUCUUCUAGAAGUCGCCAGUCAUCGAAGCUGCAACCCGAGUGGUGAAGUCUGCAACAAUAAGGUCGAGGUCACUCCGGAUGAUUUCGUAUGCGCGUUGGAGUGGAGCUGUUUCUUGUGGCUGGACUGCAUCAACAAUCUCUGUGCUC